AAGCCAAUUAACAACAACUUCUUCUUCUUCUUCCUUCUUCUUCCUUCUUUUUCUUCUUCUUCCUCCUCCUCCUCCUCCUCUCUCUCUCUGACACAAUGUCGAGGAUCGUGGUGUUGCUGCUGCUAUUUUCCGUCACCUGCCAUGUCGCCUUAGCCGUUUACUACGAAACAGGCGGAGAAGUACCCAACGGAGGAUUCGAGAAAUGCCCGAGUCCGUCCGACCUAGACGGCACGAAGCUGACGUCCCCGAACGGAAUUCCCGACUGGGAAACCACCGGUUGCGUCGAGUACAUAAAGUCCGGCGCCACACAGGACCACAUGCUCCUCAUCGUCCCCGCUGGCAUGUACGCGGUACGGCUCGGAAACGACGCCGCGAUCAAGCAGAAGCUCACGCUCACGCCCGGCAUGUUCUACUCGUUGACGUUCAGCGCGGCGCGCACCUGUGGCCAGCAGGAGAAGCUGAAGGUGUCGGUGUCGCCAUGCACGGAGGCAGGCGGCUCGGGGGUGCUGCCGAUCCAGACGGUUUACAGCAGCAACGGGUGGGACUCGUACUCGUGGGGGUUCGUGGCCGAGGCGGAUCAGGUGGAGAUCUCGAUUCAUAACCCCGGCGACGACAAGGAGGAUGCCGCUUGUGGCCCGCUUAUUGAUUCGGUUGCGUUGGUUGCUUUGCCGCCGAUUAAAAGAACCGCAGGCAACCUGUUGAGGAAUGGAAACUUCGAAACUGGUCCAUACAUAUCCCCCAACACAUCCUGGGGUGUCCUAGUCCCCUCCAACAUAGAGGAUGCCCACUGCCCUCUAAUAGGUUGGAGCGUCAUUUCCCUAAAAGCCGUCAAAUACAUCGAUUACGCCCACUAUUUCGUUCCCGUAGGCAACCGGGCCGUGCAACUGAUGGCCGGACGAGAGAGCAUUAUCGUUCAGAUCGUCAGGACCAUGCCCAACAAGGUCUACGACCUGACCUUUGCGGUUGGGGAUGCUUGCAAUUCCUGUGAGGGGUCCAUGGUGGUGGAGGCUUUUGCCGGGAAGGAAUCUUUCAAGGUACCCUACGAGUCCUCGGGCAAGGGUGGGUUCAAACGGGCCAAGCUCCGGUUCACCGCAUCUUCGAUGAUGACCCGGGUUAAGUUCCUUAGCUCGUAUUAUCACAUGAAGAGCGAUCAUUCGGGGUCUCUUUGCGGUCCGGUGGUUGAUGAUGUGAAGUUGGUGCUUGUUAACGCUCCGCCGCAACAUAAACAUGCUUGAUCGUAGCGAUCGAGCCUUGUUGCAAUAAUGGUUGAGACAAAGUAGGAGUUGUUUCUUGAAUUGGAAAGUAAUGCUGUCCCAAAGCAUUCUAAACACUUUUUCAAAAAUGUUUAUUUUGUUUGUGAUUUUGUGUAUUGUUUUUCGAAGUCUUUUAUACCACCAAGAGUCAUUGUUUGGCUUAAGCCACUACACGUUAUAAUGUAGUGAUGAAGGUGUUUUUUAACCUUAAAUUGUGUCACAGAUGUAUCCAUACAAUAAAUGAAGUGGAAUUUUAUUGUUGUUGAAUGUA